UGCAGAUGAAGAGAGUUUUUUCUUCUUUUGGUCUGCUUGUACUUCCAGCAGAGCCCGUUGGCAGGCUCUUUCCUCUCAGAGCCGCACCAGGAUGGGUGCUCUCCCGGCGGGCAGGACACUAUGGAUGUGUCUUUAUAUCUGCAUUGGAAUAACGGGAAUAUGCGGUUCUAACGUCUGCACCUCCAGAGGGGCCAGCACAUGCAAGCAGUGUCUGGCUGUUCACCCCAGCUGUGCGUGGUGCUUACAGGAGGACUUCGGCCAGGGGUUUGCCAGAUCUUCCCGGUGUGACCUGAAGAGUAACCUGGUGGCAGCAGGCUGUGCUACGUCUUCUCUGGAGUCUCCAAUCAGCAAAAUGCAGGUGAUCGAGGACCGGCCUCUCAGCAACAAGGCAGCAGGGGCCACGCAAGAUGUCACACAGAUUAAACCACAGAGACUACAAAUCACCCUCAGACCAGAUGAUGCUAAGCGCUUCACAGUGAAGGUGCGUCAGGUAGAGGACUACCCUGUGGAUCUCUACUACCUCAUGGAUCUCUCUUACUCCAUGAACGAUGACCUCUUCCGCCUGAGGACUUUGGGAAAAGGCCUGGCCGAGGCCAUGAACCGCACCACCAGCAACCUCCGCAUGGGCUUUGGGGCUUUUGUGGACAAGCCGCUCUCGCCUUACAUGUACAUCUCCCCCAAAGAGGCUGUGAAGAACCCCUGCUACAGCAUUAACACCACCUGCCUGCCACAGUUUGGCUACAAACACGUUCUGUCCCUGACGGAGGAGGUGGGCCGCUUCACGGAGGAAGUGAAGAAGCAGAUGGUGUCCAGGAACCGAGAUGCCCCCGAGGGAGGCUUCGAUGCCAUCGUCCAGGCUGCCGUAUGCAAGGACGAUCGGUUGGCGUCCCGGUGCUUCCCACCUUUCUGUGAUCUUCACCUCCGGACGCUAGACUCACAUGGGCCUCUGGGAUGUGCUGGAAUCGUGCAGCCAAACGACGGGAAGUGCCAACCUCAACUCUGA